AUGAAUGGAAAUAUAAAUAACGACAAUAAUAGCAGUCAAUUUAACUUGUAUAAAAACUUUAAAGAUAAUGAAUUUAUUACAAUAAUAUAUAACUCGGAGGACUCGACAACUUUAAUACCCCCAAAUAAAAUUGAACAUACCAAUAAUGGUUUGAUAUAUAAUAAAGAAGAAAGCAUAAUAGAAUUCCCAAAAGAUUUACCUGAAGGCUCAAUGCCAUGUUCACUUUUUUUAAGGAAAUUUGUUAGAUGUCAUUCGCCAAUUGGAUUUGUUCAAGGAUUGUAUAUGUAUGGUGAAAAUAGAUGUAAACAAGAAGAUGUAAAUAUUUAUAAUUGUUAUCAAAUUCAAUUCUCGUCAACAAGAGAGAAAAGAAAGGAAAAAAUGGAUGAAAUCGAAAAGAAUAGAAUCAAAACUGAAAAUGAAUUUUAUAGUGACCACAUUUGGAAAAGAAGGGUGCCACUUAAAUUCAUGUCUCAAAAUGAUAAAAAAGAAGGUAAACAAGAAAUGGAUAUUGAAAAAAGAUUCAGAAAAUAUAUAGACAAUGAAUUAUUUGGAUACACUAAAGAAUUAUACGAUUUUCUUUCAGACGAAAAAAAUUCAAAUAAAAUAGCAGAAAAAAAAAUAGAUUAA